AUGGAACAUUUAAUUCCAGCGAACUAUCAAAUGUAUGCUAAUAAUCAAAAAAAUGAAUUAGUUACAGCAGGAAUGUAUAAAUGUGAAGGAUUAUUUGCAAAUUUUCUUCAAAAAUUUCAACCGGGUUAUGGACAAAUGAAAUCUGUAUUAACAGAAAGUGAACGUUCAGCAAAACCUUCUGUGAUACUUUCUGCACCGGAUAUUCAACGAACUGAUGAAGAAAUAUCAGAAAUAAUUGGUUUAUCUUUAGAACAUUGUUUAGGUGAUCAUUUAUUAAAAAGACGACGUUAUGCUUUAAUAAAUUAUCAGAAAUUUGUAUUUAUUAUCAGUGGUUAUGAUUUUGAUAUAGAAAAUAAAAUACGUUCACAACCAUUAAAUGAUUUUGUUUACGAUAUUGAUAGUAAAUCAUGUCGAGCAAUUCCUUCAAUUCCAUCACCAGGUCGUGUUGCAUUUGGUGUAGCACCAUCUGAACGUCAUAUUAUAAUCAUUGGAGGACAUACAUAUGAUAAUGUAUCAUUAUCAAGUGUAUUUAUUUUAGAUACACAAAAUAUCGAUGAAGGUUGGGUGAAACUUCCAUCGUAUCCACAUCCAAUUUUGGCUCCUGGAGUUGCUUUUUCAGAAAAUCGUGUUAUUGUAAUUGGUGGAUAUGAUUUUGUUAUUGGUGAAACAGACAUGCUAUCGACUCAUUAUCAAAUGGAUCUUAAUGAAAAAGUUUGGCGUCGAUAUGCUGAUCUUAAUCCACCGCGAGCUCGAACACUUGUUAUUUGUACAUAUAAUAAUGAUGAAUUAGAACUUUAUGCUGCAGGUGGUUACACUCUUAUUGAUGGUAAAGCGAAAGUUGUAGAUAAAAUAUAUUCAUAUAAUAAGACGAAAGAUCAAUGGGAAAAAUUAACAGAUAUUCCUAAUUUUCAAAUAAAUCAUGUUAUUACUAUAGCACAAACAAAAUUGACUAUUAGUGAAGAAAAACCUAAUGUAACUGAUUCUCAUCAAUUAAAUUUACAUCCAAUUCGUAUGUAUGAUUUCGAAAGUGGAUUAUGGCAAGAAAUAGAGGAUGACAAAUAA